UGCGGAGCGGAAGUGGAGCUUCCGGCGCCCCGGCCCGGCGCAGCCCGGCCAUGUCCACCUUCCGGCAGGAGGACGUGGAGCAGCACUAUGACAUGGGCGAGGAGCUGGGCAGCGGCCAGUUUGCCAUCGUGCGCAAGUGCUGGGAGAAGAAAACGAAUCUGGAGUACGCAGCCAAGUUCAUCAAGAAGCGGCGCCUAUCGUCCAGCCGGCGGGGCGUGAGCCGGGAGGAGAUCGAGCGGGAGGUGGACAUCCUGCGGGAGAUCCAGCACCCCAACAUCAUCACGCUGCAUGACAUCUUUGAGAACAAGACAGAUGUGGUGCUGAUCCUGGAGCUGGUCUCGGGUGGCGAGCUCUUCGACUUCCUGGCCGAGAAGGAGUCCCUCACCGAGGAGGAGGCCACACAGUUCCUCAAGCAGAUCCUGGAUGGGGUCCACUACCUGCACUCCAAGCGCAUUGCCCACUUUGACCUCAAGCCUGAGAACAUCAUGCUGCUGGAUAAGAACGUGCCCAACCCCCGCAUCAAGCUGAUUGACUUCGGCAUCGCCCACAAGAUCGAGGCGGGGAACGAAUUCAAGAACAUCUUUGGCACUCCGGAGUUUGUAGCUCCCGAAAUAGUGAACUACGAGCCCCUGGGGCUGGAGGCUGACAUGUGGAGCAUUGGAGUCAUCACCUACAUCCUCCUCAGCGGUGCCUCCCCGUUCCUGGGCGAGACGAAGCAGGAGACCCUGACGAACAUAUCAGCUGUGAACUAUGACUUCGAUGAGGAGUACUUCAGCAACACCAGCGAGCUGGCCAAGGACUUCAUCCGACGCCUCCUCGUCAAAGACCCCAAGAAGAGGAUGACGAUUGCCCAGAGCCUGGAGCAUCCUUGGAUUAAGGUGAUCAAGAGGAGGAAUGUCCGCAACGAGGACAAUGGCAAGAAGCCAGAGAGGCGCCGUCUCAAGACCACGCGGCUCAAGGAGUACACCAUCAAGUCUCACUCCAGCAUGCCCCCUAACAACACCUACAUCAAUUUUGAGCGCUUCUCCAAGGUCAUGGAGGAGGUGGCUGCGGCCGAGGAGAGCCUGCGCGAGCUGGAGAAGACCAAGAAAUCCUUCCGGGAAGACGUCGAGGCCCUGCUCUCUAUCUACAACGAGAAGGAGUCGUGGUACAAGGAGGAGAAUGAAAGCAUCAGCCAGGACCUGCGUCAGAUCCGCCAGGAGCUGCAGAAGACAGAGGCCCUGAAAAAGCAAGCCCAGGAGGAGACCAGGAGCAUGCUGCAGGCAGCCAAUGGGCUCAAGAGGCGCUACCGGAAGCUGGAGAACCGUUACGAAGCGCUGGCCAAGCAGGUGGCCUCGGAGAUGAAGUUUGUGCAGGAGCUGGUGUGGUCCCUCGAGCAGGAGAAGCUGCAGGGCGGGGAGGGAGACUGCAGCAUCCGCUAGCCUUCUUCUGCACUGGUGGAGCGGGUGGGGGGAAAGGGGGCUUGGUGGGGAGAGUUCCUUUGGCACAGCUUGUAUGGGGAGAGAUGGCCCAUUGACCCAGCUGGGCUUUGUCUACGGAGCAGGAGCCCAGUGUGCUCCAUCAUAACGGCAUCACCUGGGAACAGCCUGAGACAACGUUCCUAUCAUGCAAUGCUCUUCAUCCAAGCUGUCACCUUCUGGGUCCACUGUAUGCUGGGGUACUUGGUAUUCCCCCCACAUUGCCUCUACACUCUGUUCGUGUAGAAGGCGGUACUGUACAAUCUGAUGGUUCUCUCUGAGUCAGUCUGGUCGGUCCCUGUCCGAGGCGGUUAGAGCAACAGCCGCUUCCAAGGUCUGGCUGACUGGCGUGCUCCCUGCUCCGGGAGCUGGGUCGUUCCUAACUCUAAAGUGAAGAGCCUUUGGCAAGGCGCUUCCUUGAUGCUUUUCUUUGGUGGCCACCUGCAGCUCAGCUGCGACUCCUCUUUUGACUCCCUGCAGCCAUUGCCAGGUCUGUCCUGACCUGGGUACUGCAACUUUUCAGGCUUCAAGGGCAUCUUGGUAGCAGAAGCAGGCAUUGAGACACUUCAUCAUAGGACCCUCUCUGCAGAGGGACCAUGAGAUUGUCCUUGAAAAGCUGUCAGGUUCUGAGGCCCAGCUGAAAGCCCCCAUGGGGCACGCUCUCUGGUGUUGCAGGGACCGUCUUUCUCCUUCAGACAUGCCAGGAGCCUCCUCCUCAAAAAGCCUGGCUCUUGAGUUGUUGACAAAGGCAGUUUGUCUUCACUAAGCUCUUCGGCCGAGCCGUGGGCCCGUUACCAGCCAGUGCUCUCACCAGCACUGUCUUGCCAACUUUCUUCCUGCUGUGGGGCUGUCGGUCACUAGCCCAGCUGCUGCUCUUCCCUCCCAGUUACUUCAUUUAUCUUUUGCUUUGCUCUGAGUCCAGUCUCUGAGCCAGAUUGCUCUUGGGAAUCUCUUUGCUUUUGAGGCUUUCUCUGCUGUGAAGAGCAGGUGACGGGUGCUCCUGGUAAGGACUCAGUGUGUUUUUGACACUGGGGAUUUGCUUGACUAGCACUUCCUGCUUCCCAGGUUUGACUGGUUCCUCCCUAAGCCCUAGCUGGAAAAGUGAGUGGGUGAGAUGCCCUGGGCCUGUGCUGGGUUGUGGAAGUUUUCAUAGACAUCAGGGCUGGAAGGGACCUCGGAAGAUCAUCGAGUCCAGCCCCCCGCCCAAAGGGCAGGAAGUCAGCUGGGGUAAAGUUAAGGCCUCUCGGGUCAAAUUCCACCACCUACUUGCCAUGUCAAGAUUUGGUUUUGACCACCUGCUAGCAGACGUACAAAGGCCUUGUUUGAUCCCACCCCCCAGCUGUCUCCUGGCUGGGAUCCCAAAUCCAGGCAGGUGUCCUCUGGAGAUCUCAGUGCUCUCUAGCACUCAUGUUGCUGGCUCUGCAAGGGCUGCUGGGUAGGUGCUGGUCCACGGCCCCUACCCGUGCCUGUCAUCUGGAUCCUCCUUGUAUCUGCUGCUUGCUCUGGGACUGCUCCAUCCUCAUUGCCUCUGUUUCCACUGCUGUUCAUAAUCUUUUCCAUGUUUUCAGUGCUCUCCAGUGAAGGUCUUCAAGAGCAGGUUGGACAGACACUUGGCUGGGAUAGUUUAGUCCAGGACGAUCCUGCCUUGAGCAGGGGGCUGGACUAAAUCACCUUAUGAGGCCUCUUCCAGCCCUAGUGUCCUGUGAUCCAAAGAUGCUUCCCCUCAGUUCUCAGAGUAGCCAGUUCCUUCCCAGCUGGUCUUUGCUGUCAUGUGGCAUCUGCUUUCCCUGCAUUAGCUUCAUGCACCUUGGUCUCAAGCUCUCAUAGCUUGUCAGAGGCUUCUGUAUCCAGCAGGGACCUGGGGCAGGAACUGGAGAGAGACCAGCAAGGAGAGGGAGUCUCUGGCUUAGAGCUGGUUCAUCCCCCCACUGUCUCCAUUGCUUCCCUUUAUGCCUUUUCCAUGUCACCUGCUUGUGACCCUGUGCCCUGCUGCUUGGCACUGCCUGAUGCUCCAAGCAGGAUGUCUUCAGCAAGGCCAAGGUCCCUCUGAGCCUGUCCCUGGGUUCCUCUUCAAACCACAGCUUGACACUCCCCACACUUCCCUUCUCCUCUUUCCUCCGUAUAUCUGACCAGCACCUGAUCUGGUGCACGUGUCCAGGUGGGACCUAUGGUCAUUACCCACUUCUUCUUGGCCCUGUCCUCUUACACGUGCUCCCAGAAACUUCUUGCCAGCCCGCUGCCCCCCCAGCCUUUCCAUCCAAGUGUCGUUCUCUCUGUUUUAUGUCUGCGGGCACCAACUGGCUUUCAUACUCCUGUCCUGCGUAGCUGCCUUUCUCGCCGCAUGCACGAUCUGUUCCUCCGCUAGGAGCUCAAAGCACUUUCAAAGCCCCGUCUCUUCCCCACUGCAUCCAGAUGUCGGGACUCUUCAGGUUUAGAGGUGAGUGCACAGCUGAGGAAGUGGCACAAAUGGCAGAUGAACCCAGGAGUCUGGACUCUCUCCUUAUCCCUGUCCACAUCCCAGCGGUCCUUCCUGCCCUCUGAACCAUGCUUCCCCUUGCUGAGCCCUCCAGCUCCUCUGGGGCCUGGGUUUUCCGGGCAGCUUCAACAUCCAGCCUUGCACUGGAGCAGCACCAGGCUCGCUCUGGUGAUGGAGCUGUCUUGCCACAGAGCAGCUGCUUUUCAGUGCAGUGCAAAUGUAUUAGCCCACCCUUGUAUUUCAGGUCUCUCGGCUUUGACUGUCGGCCCUGCAUGCUCGCCAAACCCAGGUUCCUCCCAACCGAGAUGAGCCAGGGUCUGCUUGAGAAAACCAGCUAGUGUUACAAAGAUCCUGCCCACAGACAGGAAAAGCUCUCUCCCAGCUGAAAAUGAGGGGGGCUUUUAACAUGCUGUGUGCAGCUUGUUAUGUCUCUGCUCGUCUGAAGGCUUCCGGAGCAGGGAGGGGAAGAAUGCGAAAAAUGCUGUGGAUUUCCCUGGCUUUUGUGCAAGGUCUUUGUUAAUGAUCCCUCCAGAGGGGGUUGGAGCUGAGAGGAAUUUGUUGCCAACUUGGCUUUCAAAGGAGCAUGCCUGAGCUCCAAAGCAGUGGGCUAUGUGGCUUGAGAGUCCUCUCCGGCUUCUCUGUAGUGACCCCCGUUGUUUUUUAAAUCCGGUUUUCCCUCUCCUUCGGGGUUGUGCAUGUCUGCGACCAAAGACUCUGACUCAGAAGAGCCCGAUCCUACCAGCUGCCACGUGCACUCGCAUCCAAUGGACUUUUUUGGGAGCAAGAGAGUGCUUGGUCCUGCCUGGGAUCAGGGCCUCAGGUCUACAGGGAAUAUCACUUAACCUCUGCUCAUGUCUUGUUGCCAGGGUCCAGGACCAGCCAGGGUAGAGGACUCCAGCAAUUGGGGUCCAGGCUAGGUUUCCCAGGGGAGCUGGUCGGAGCCUGUGGCAACUGCAUGUAGAAGUCCCUUAUGCUAGUUUAAGAGAAGGUUUAAGGACUUGACCUUCAUGCUGUAGAGCAGGCAGUGUUGCUGUCGGCUCUCCUUGCACAGUGCUUUCCCUGAUGCACUUAUCCCAUUCCACUUGUAUUAACCUUUUCUUCUGUGCCAUCACUGCAAAGGUCAUGGAUCCUCCAGGCCAGCCCCAUGCUUGCUUGUAGACAUGGCAUGGGGCCCUUCACAUACCUCUCAAACACUCAGCUGUAUUGUCUGUGAUGCCACCUUGGAGGCUAAAUGGACUGCUGCGUUUGUGCCAACCGGAGCCUGCGUUUGACAUACUGGAACACCCCACUGCCGGGCUCUGCAGGUGCUUUCUAGAGGACAUCUGGAAGUGGCGAGUAGAUCAGUAGAGAAGUGAGGUCGGGGAAGGACGCGGACUGGCUGGGACCUUGUGCUGUUCCGAGUUGGUACCAAGCAAGCACCUGGGCCCUAGAAAGCGCGUUUUGUCCGGGCUUCUCAUGGUGUCCAUGUGCAAGAUCCAAGUGUCCUUUCUGUCCCCACCUGCUCUGCAUUCAGACGCAGCUGCAGAACUGAAGAAGAAGCGUUGCGGGCACUUCUCAUGCUCCAGAUUUCCUAAUGCCUUUACCCCAAAUGUUUUCUACCUAAUAGGGGUUGGAGAAGGCAGGUGCGGCUGUGGGGAGCGGGGCAUAAGCACCACAUGGGCUGCGGGGGUCUGGUCUCUAGUGGCUUGGGUUGGGUAGGAGCUACAGGUCCUGUUCUGGUUGCAUUGCUUUGCAGCCCCCCCACACCAAGCAGGAAUCAAUAGCUGGACGUGGUCUCUGCUUGGGUGCAGGAAUUUGGUUGUGUGGUGCAGACGUUUGUCCUGGGUUUGCCUGCCCCUGGGGAGAGGAGAUGCAAGAUGCUUGCCUUCUAAUGGCCCUGUGCCACCUCUGUUACCCGUGCAAGAAGAAACUUUCCUAGGACCAGGGCUUGGCACAGGGGUGGAGCUCAGUGCUUUUGGCUCUGUGUCCUUGAGACCAGGGCCAGAGCAGGUUGCUUCCUGCUGGGCUUUCCAUGCCCCUUGCGAAUUCCUGCUUGCACGUCCUCGCUCAGUCUUGCUCGUGCUGGAGGUCCCAGGCCAGGUGUCUGGGUCUGCAGGCCCAGACCCUGGCAUGGUACCUGGGGUGGGGAUUAGCUGUUCAAACUGCUGGCAUUUCCUUCUGUGGGAAGCUGAUCUGGCUCGUUCACAGACAGUAAUCGCUCUUCCAGCCUCUUGGUGCAGCAAGCCUGGGCGAGACAGAUUGCGGUCUGGCCCGAGAGCCUUCCUCAUGGACGUGGCUCGCUGGGAAGGGAGUGAGAUGUAGCACGCACAGAACUGUUGGAUGCGCAGAGCUGUUGCCUUCCCCCAGGGGUGGCAGCUGCACCCCCUACACCCACGAUAGAGAAAUGGCCUCGUUUGUGGUGCAGAUGCCCCUUUGGGCAGCCAAUGCCUUAGCUGUUGUGCAGGUCUGGGAAGGAGGCAGCCAGUCUGUUCAGCUUUGCCCAGGAGAUGGCCGAUGCCUGCUGGCUUCUCUCCGGGCAGAGCCCAGCGGGCUCCUUUGACCUCACACGUCAGGCCCCCUCUUGCCGUGCCAAGUCCUGUAUAGCUGAGGGCUCUGCUCGCCCCCGACGGGGACCUGGCUUGUGUUCUGACCUAGUGAAGCCAUAUCCUCUCCUGCGGUGUGACAUUCAGUCUGAUACCAAUAGGUCAUGCAAAAUGGUCUGUAUUUGAAAGGAAUAAAAGGUUUCUAUCCGAA